CCGGGACCACCAAGUGCAAGAUGGCUGCCUCCUAGAGAAGACACGGGAGAAGGACGUUUGGUGUUUACGUACGAUGAUUAUACUGGCCAAACCAUAAUCAAUGAAUGAAAUAUAAUAGCCUACUUGUUUGAGCUCUAGGUGGUUACCUUCAGUUUUCUCAGAAUGAAUCUGCUGGUGCUGAAAGCUGGGAAAUGCUGCAGCGUCUUCCAUAUGUUGCAUGUGUCCCGGCAUCGCGUCGGAGGACGGCACUUCUCUGUCAGCUGCUGUCUACACCUGAAGGCACCGCCGCGUAACAACCGCAAAGCGACGGUGGAUAUCCCCGGGUUGGAGCGCGUCACCUACGCUGAAAGGCUGCACUUCGUCCCGGGGCUGGCCAAGGCGACAUUCCCGCAGUGGAGCCGCGGCUGGCGUGACCCGCACCGGUAUAGCGGACCCGAGUACGAGGGGUUACCGCCGCGGGCCGAAAAGCCGUGUUUCGUUUUUAACCAAAGGACAAGCGCACUAGAAGGAACACGGCAAGCGGCGUGGCUCACCAAAUCCAUCGUGAGACAGGGGCUGCCCCCACAGGUCCUGGCUUUGGCUGAGGAUGCGGCCAAUCAGAUCGAGGACCAAGACGAGCGGGUCCAGCAUGCGAUCCAGCAUGCCCGCUUCUGGGACAGUACAGAAAGGAAGCCCCCCAGGGAGAGAUUCUGCCCGGUUCUGCUCAGAAACCUGCUGCACCUCUGCGGGACCCUGCAGGUCAGGCUCCCAACACUGGGCAGGAGGAUGCUGGCCGAGAAGUACAGCCUGGCGGCCUGCUGGACCCGGGGGGGUGACCUCUUCCAGGUCCGAGGCCAGAAUGGACUCCUGCUGAACAGCAUGUCCGCUGUUCCUGUGGUGGCUGGAAAGGAGGAGCUGCUGAGCACCGAGGGUGAGGAACUGGAGACCUUUUACCCCAUCGCCCCCACCAUCGACCUGCAGGUCACCCACGCCUACAAGCAGAAGAAUGAUACAGGCUUCCAGGACGGCUACCCUUACCCCCACGCGCACACCCUCUACAUCCUCGAGUGUGGCGAAGGGCCCAAGCUGAAGGAGGAGCAGGUUCACGCCAAGAUGAUCAUGUUCGCUUUUGGGAAUGCCCUGGCACACGCCCACGCCCUCUACGGGACCCAGCCGCAGGUCCUGGAGUGGCCAGUGAUGGUGCAGAGCGUGGCCACCAAUGGCAGGACCUUCAGCUUUGUCAUGUUCCAGCUCAACACCACCGACCUGGAUUCCGACACCGGCGUCAAGAACUUGGUGUGGAUGGAUGCUGACCAGCCCCUCUAUGAAUAUGCGAAAAUCCGGCCCGUUGUCAAGAAGAAGGUGAUCCAGGUUCCUGCAGGCCUGGCUGGAUACCAGCCAGACACCUUCAAGAAGUUCCUGGCUCUCUACUUACAUGGGGCGGCAUGACCCACCAGUGCGCGAGACCUUCCCCAAACCCAGACAUCACACACUCAUGCUCACGAACAUCAGCAAUCCUCAUUUUUUUUACUUGUGUGUGCACAACCUUCCAAUAAACCGCUGAUGUCAAACA